UGCUCUGUAGAGGACCCUUGGCCGAUAGAGUGGUAAACACUUUAAAGAAACAGUAUUUUCCUGGUAAAGAAUGCAAACAUUGACGGCCAUUGAAUUAUUAUGACAUCGGGUGGAACUGGGGAACUACUGGCUUAUUCGGGCACCCCAUUAGCGAUGCUAGCAGCUCAAUGUAACAAAAUUACCAGCAAGAGCCCGCCCCCUCUGGCCGAAGCUGCUGUUGGAAAGGGAUUCCAUCCAUGGAAGAAAAUAUCGCCUGGAGUUGUCCAGGCCCCAUCGCCUUUGUCUUUUGCGGCCCAGAAAAUGACUGGCCCUCAUUUUGCAUCAGGGUCACCUAUAGGUUUAAGUAGAGUCUCUACACUACCCAGUACUUCAGUAAGUUGCGGAAAUGACCUAAUAUAUCAGUCUGCAUCCUCGCAACAACAAAUGGCAGAUCCGAGUCAGUCUGCCUUGUUGCAAAAGAUUCACAACGAGUCCACCUUUACAUCCCAGUCUUUGGGAGGAAUGUACCCGAGGGUUCCCGCAGUAUCUGCUCAUCCUUACGAAUCAUGGCCUUUCAGUGUUUCCGGCUCCGGUUCACACGGCUUAAAAUCAGAGAUGACGUCAUCAGUCAAUUCAACCUCUUCAUGGUGGGACAUUCAUUCCUCUCCAUCAAACUGGAUUACGGACAUUGCAUCGAAUUCCGGAAGUUUUCAUUCCCAACUGCCUACAAACUACCCACCCUCAGAAUAUACGCUUGGGCACCCAUCUUCCCUAUUAGCAACAGGUCAAACUAUUUUACAAGAUUCAUACAAAUCUAUCAUACCGGGUCAAAGUGAUCUCACUUCCGCCAAUGUUUCGCCAUUCUUGCCUCGCCCCUCUGUACCGGGAAUAUCUAGUCCACGAUCGCAGCGCCGCUAUACCGGAAGAGCUACAUGCGAAUGCCCAAAUUGCCAUGAAGCGGAACGACUUGGGCCAGCAGCAGCUCAUCUCAGAAAGAAAAACAUUCAUAGUUGUCACAUUCCCGGAUGUGGAAAAGUUUACGGUAAAACCUCUCAUCUUAAAGCUCACCUACGCUGGCAUACCGGCGAAAGACCGUUCGUCUGUAAUUGGCUUUUUUGCGGGAAAAGAUUCACGCGGUCAGACGAACUUCAGCGCCAUUUAAGGACACACACAGGCGAGAAAAGAUUUGCUUGUCCGGUGUGUAACAAGAGAUUCAUGAGAAGUGAUCACUUAGCUAAACAUGUCAAGACUCAUAGCGAGGGCAAAAAAUCAGGAAGCGGGUCAGAUUCAGAAUCAGGUCAGGAUCAAAAACCACAAAUCGAUAUCAAACCUUCGGAAAGUGAUUUGGCCAUAAAAGAUAGCGGAGAACUUCAUUGAUUUUACAAAUAGGAUAAAAAACUUUUUGAAUUUUCAAUACGUAAUUUUUAAAAACAUCGUGAAUAUUUAUUUAUAAAUGUCAGAUGUACAGAAUUGUUAUUUCGUCAAAUGUUUGCUGUGAAAUUAAAAAUUUAACAAAAUAAAAGACAAACAAUUUUUGCAAAAGCGGUCGAUGAAUUUCAAAGACUAAAAUGAGGGGAAUAUUUUCUCUAUUAUUGAUGGGACCCUUUCAACGAAGCUUCAAUGGAUUUUUUUCUUGAAAAAAAAAAUCUGAGUAAUUAUAGGUUUGAUCGUGGCUUCUCUGAGAAAAAAAGAAUGUGAGAAAAAUUAAGAUUUUUCAAAAGGUUGCCAGUAUCCCAAAAGAAUGAUUGUCUUCUUUUCAACUCACGGGAAAAUUUUGUUCUAUGUUUGAAUUGUCGUAUAUUGUUAUAUAUGAAAACAU